AUGGCAAAAGCAGAGAUGCGCCCUGAGGGCGUGUCUUCCUCGCCACACCAGCUUCACGUCAGACGUCGCGCUCGCGUCCUACAGCUUAUUGCAACCUCAUUUCUGCUCUAUGCUGUCACCUCCUUCUACUUUCUCAACUCCUUCUACGACCGAAUUUCACCAGGCAAUGCCUAUGAAAAGGCUCAGGAGUGCGCCAUUGACAACCUGCACUCCGAUCUUUCCUUUCUAGACCCCGCUGUACCCAUUACCGCGGAAGAGUUUCUUGAGCGUAGAGAUCGGCUCGCUCGCGCCUUGGCUGCGUCGAAUGUGGACGCUUUUGUUUUGGAGCCCGGUUAUACUUUCCAAUAUUAUGGCAACAUCUCACAGACUGACUGGGAGCCUUGGGAGCCCGAGGAGAGGCCGUUCCUGAUGCUUGUUCUGCCUCAGAUCUCUUCCUCUGGUAAGGUCAGUGCCAAGACGGCGUUUCUAUCGCCUCAUUUUGAAGAAGGCCGAGUCCGGAUGCUAGGAAUCCCCUCGCAAGAGGACGAACUCGAUAUCGUCAUCUGGGAAGAGCAUUGGAACCCAUACGACACCUUGCUUAAGUCGCGCCUCUUCAAUGGCCAGUCCGCAAAGCUCAUGGUUGAUGAAGAGAUCCGAGACUUCAUUGUCCGUGGAUUAGAUUCUGCCGGCUUCGAGACCGUUGGGCUUAACCCCGAAGUCGAGCUCGUUAGACAGCAGAAAAGCCCAGCAGAAGUAGAGCUUCUCCGUGUCGUGAACACCGGUACCGUUGUUGCUGUGAGAGCUAUGCGGCCGUGUCUGGUUCCUGGUCUUACGGAGAAUGAAGUAACCGAGAUCUUGAACACGGCACUGCUCUCCAUCAAUUUUGGGCUUUUCUUCAACAUUGUGCUGUUCGAAGAGCACGGCGCGCUUCCCCACGGUGGUUUCGUCACCGGAUGGAAGAAGUUGACCCCCGAGAGCAUGGUUGUUAUCGACGUAGGCGCUCAUUACCUGGGCUACAGCUCGGAUAUCUGCCGCAGCUUCUUCAUCGAUCCACCAAAGUCGCAUAGUCCCACCGCCAUGGGCUUCAUCCUGCAGCUGUUCGGGAAGGUCUCGGGCGAGCAGGAGGUGCUCCAUACUGACCCUGAGCUGCGCGCUGAAAAGUUUAAAGUCUGGGACAUUGUCUUGGAUGCUCAGUCUGCCGCCGCCGCAGCCUUCAAGCCGAACAAUACCGCAGCGAGUGUUGACAUCGCAGCUCGAAAAGUCAUUGAAGAUGCGGGAUACGGUUACGGUUUCACGCACCGCCUGGGCCAUGGAAUCGGUAUCAAAGGUAUUUGUUCCUUUCUGGCAUAA